UAUGUCAUGUUUACGUCUUUUCUUUAUUUACAUUAUAAAAUGCUGAUUUAAUGGAAUUCCGCGCCAAUUUUUUCGAAAAAUGUCAACAUUAUGCUGCAUAUAAUUCAAUUUCAUCGGUUUUUAAUGAUAAUUAUUUUGGCAAAAUGGAGGACCUAUAAAGAUAAUAAGUCAUUUAUUUUUUCCCAUAUAAUUUAAGAAUAAAUUAUUCUUAAAUUAAGGAACUUUAUAAAAAAACUGCAAGGUUAAUGGCAUCAUUCAUAUGUGAAACUGCAGCCCAGCUGUUCUCAAGAAUUGAACAAAAUAAAUGCUAUAUUCCUCUGGAGGAACACCUUCUUCCACAGUUAACAACUCAAGAUGUAGUGGAGAUAGCUGGUGGACCAGGAAGUGGAAAAACAGAACUGCUGUAUCAUUUGAUUGUGCACUGCAUUUUACCAGACACUCCAUGGAAGGGUCUUGACUUGGAAGGUUUAAAUAAGAAAGUUAUGCUGAUCAACAACGAUCUUCACUUCAAUCUCUUCAGACUUAUGAAAAUACUGGAAAGGCGGCUGCGCUAUCUUCUUGUGGCAAAUAAUAUUUCUGUCAAUAUCACAGACAUUUCAACUUUUAUUAAUGAAAGAUUGAAGUUACUAGACAUCCUUAAAUGUACCAAUUGUGAUGAGUUCAUUUGUAGUUUGAAGUAUCUUGAACUUGCACAAAAUCAAAAAUAUGUUUUAAUGAUCGAUGGAAUUAUGUCAUUUUACUGGUCAAGCAAAAUGAGAAUGUCGUAUCCAACUGCAAAGAUUCCAGACUCUAUGUGUGUUGUGAUUUCUUUACUGAAAAACAUAAUCAAAAAUUGUAAUCUCCCUGUGAUAAUAACAAAACGAAAUCUUGUUUCAUCUCCUAGUUAUGAUAGAUCACUCCUUCCUGCUGCGUGGCGAAAUUUGGUUACAAAGAAAUUGGAACUUGUGUUUGAAGGUUGCAAUGAAAAAUCGUCCAAUAUAACUGUUCUGAAUAUUUCUUCCGGAGUUAAAGUUCGAUGUGCGAUCAGUAAUUCUGGCUUUAAAAUUUGUUAUUAAUAUUAUUUGUCUCAAGAGUUAUCUGUGAUAAAAUCAAAUCAGUGUUUAAUAUCUUGCAUUGUGAAACAAGGAAAUGAAACUAAUUCGUGUGAAUUAAUUUGCUAUAAAUAAACUUGAAAUUGAUCUGUAUAAAUAUGUAGUAAUAAGUUUGAAAAAAUGUAAUAAUAUG